AUGUUCUGCCGGCUGGUCGUACUGAUAGCAUUAAUUAAUCUAUCUGCCUUAGCUAUCCAUGAGACCGUUCCUGCAGUGCGUGUCGUUCGCUUUCAAGUGGAUUAUCCAAAUGCUUCCUUAAGCAAUAUUGAAAAAUAUGGGAACUGGAAUUCUGUAGUACGUAGCAGUAUACUGGCAUCAUUACGAUUUAUUAAUAAACAUUGGUUGAUCUGCGGUGGAUUUGAAUCUGACAAGUAG